AAAACAGUCAAUGGUUUGUCCGGUGGUGUCUGUUGAGCUUGCAGUCAGGAUUUUCACUGACUUGCAACUUGCAAGAAAAGAGUCCGACUCAACAGGUUUGUCGAGUAGCCGAGCGGGUAGUGGAAUAAACACCAUGUUGGGAGUGGAGGACAAGUCUGAGCAGAUAAGGGUGUGAUCCCUCUGUAAUUGGUCAACAGUGAGGCUGACAGCUGGGCAGUUCGAGGAACAGGAAGAAUGGCUCAAAAUGUUAACUUUGACCUACACCACCCCCUCAUUGAAGCUGGUGUAGAGAGCCCAGCAGAUGAGGAAGGCGUUCAGGACAUGUUCCACCAGCUGAUCGCAGAACAGAGUCAGAAUGAAGGACUGCAUGAGGCUAUUGAGCUGCAGCAGCUGCAGAAAGAGCUGGAUGAGGAGGGUCGAGACAAUGUGGCCUAUUUGUCAAGCCCUCCACAUGAAUUUAGGAGGCCUUAUAGGGAGCAAAGUGACAAUGAAUUUGAGGGCAAUGAAAGACCAGAUGACCCCCUCAUUGCUGAACGCUGGUCUUCAGCCACCUUGAAGAUCCUUUCCUCCAUGCCCAGUCGCACCAUUGGGCGCAGCAGAGGGGCCAUCAUCUCUCAGUACUACAACAGAACCAUGCAACUUCGGAGACGCAGGCAAAGCAGACCAGCUAUCAGAGACUUCUCUCACUCUGCCAGACCGAGCAUACGAGGCUACGGCAUGGUGGCAGAUGCUACUGACGGGGAAGACACAGGACUGUGUAAGAGGGAUCGCUUGGUGAACAACCUGCAGAACCUGUCUGCGGGUGACAGAAUGAGGAUGCUUCAAGAGAUGCCUCUGAGUGUGGCUGAGAAGCGUGACCUCAGGAGAUCAGCAAUAGAAAAGGAAAAACAAACAGAUUUGGACAGAAAGCUUUCCUGUUGCUAUCAACUCAAAUAUUACAUCAUCAUAGCUGUGAGACAUACUUGGUACAGCUGGUUGUCCUUCCUGCACUCCCUCCAGUUGUGGCAGGUGACACUCAAGAGAGUGAGCGGGCGUUUCGGCAGUGGAGUCCUGUCAUACUUCUUGUUCCUCAAGAAACUUCUCUUUUUAAAUGUCUUCCUAUUCUUGGUCAUGGGUGCGUUCUUGGUGUUGCCUCAGGCCAUGCAUCCUCCAGAGCUGCUUGUAAAAACACGUUCCUUUUCGGGGUUGGAGCUCCUCACCGGAGCGGGCUAUUUCUCUGACACGUUGAUGUAUUACGGGUACUACUCCAACUACACACUGAAUAGAAGCUCCAGGGAUAAAGCUGGAGGGCAGAACAUCUCAGUCUUCAAUUCAACCAACCUAAACUGCACAUCAAAGCACCUCUCUUACAACAUGCCACUAGCAUACUUCUUCACAAUAGGAAUGGCCUUUUUCAUCACAUGUAUCAUACUUGUUUACAGCAUGUCUAAGUCGUUUGGGCAAAGCUUCAGAAUUGAGAAAUCUGACAGUAUCUUGACCAAGAAAGUCUUCUGCUCCUGGGACUUCAAGGUCAUCAGGGAAAACUCUGUAAAACUGAUGUCUGAAAAUAUCUGCACCCAGCUCAAGGAGCUGUUGGCAGAAGUGGAUCAAAAGCAUGUCACAAACACAGCGUGCCAGAAGCUAUGGAGACUGAUGGUUCAUGGCCUGGCUUGGACAAUCUGCAUCGCGGGCAUUACUGCCAGUGUGAUAGCUAUCUUCUACUUCUCUGAUUUUAUCCACCAGCAGAACCUGAAACAAACUCCUGGUGCACCCCAGAAUUCCUUCUUAAAAAAAGCCAGUCUGCUGGCUCUGCCUCUGCUGGUUUCCCUCAUCAACUUGCUGUUGCCAGGCCUGUUCAAUCUUACAGCCUGGAUGGAGGAAUACGAGUCUCCCUCUGUGCGCACAUACGUCUCUCUCGGCCGGAACUUGUUGCUGAAAGUGAGUGUGCUUGCAAUCCUCUGCUACCACUGGCUGGGUCGGGUGGCUAAUGAAUAUGAGAGCAUUGGCCUGGAGUGCUGGGAGAGUUUUGUUGGUGAGGAGUUUUACCGUUUCCUACUCAUGGACUUCAUCUUUACUCUGCUGUAUAGUUUGUUUGGAGAGCUGCUUUGGAGGAUAUUUACUGAGAAAGUCCUGAAGAGGAGGAGGAAACCAGAGUUUGAUAUCGCCAAAAAUGUCCUGGACCUCAUCUAUGGCCAGACUUUAGCCUGGUUGGGUGUUCUCUUCAGUCCACUCCUACCUGCAGUACAAACACUCAAACUCUUGCUGCUCUUCUACAUUAAGCAGAGCAGUGUGAUGAUGAACUGUCAGUCCCCCAGGAAACCAUACAGAGUCAGCCAGAUGACCACCAUUUUCAUCACCCUCCUCUGCUUCCCAUCCUUCCUCGGUGCCUCUGUGUGUGUCACGUACACCAUGUGGAGUGUCAAGCCGUCUUUAACCUGCGGCCCGUUCCGUGAACUUGAAACGAUGUUCCAGGCUGGCAAACGAUGGAUGGAAGAACUGGAGCAGGAUAAUCCCAAGCUGUCCCUGUUGGCCAGGGCACACACCUAUCUGGUGGAACACCCUCUUUUCUUGUUUAUAGGAGCUGGCAUCUUUCUGAUAGUGAUCUACUUCCAUAGUCAGGUGGUUGAUGGUCAAAGGAAGAUCAUCAGUUUACUGCAGGAACAAAUAGAAAAUGAGGGUGAAGAUAAAAAGUUCUUGAUCACUCGGCUUCAGCAAAUCCACGAGCGAAAACGAACUCCCGCCAAAAGACUGACACGUCAGGAAUCUGCGUGUUAAGGAAGCAGUUUUCAAAAGACAAAGCACAACAGUUCUUUGAGCUUCCGAAUAAUCAUCAACCUGUGGCUAAAUAACUGGAAUAAUAUCAUAACUGGAUGUAAACGACUGGAGUAUUUGUAGAUACUUUGAUAGAUGAAAUGCCUGAACUCAGAGUGAUAAUGAUGUUGACAUUGAGAGGCCAUUACAUAAUUAUUGAUACAUGUAGUUUCUGCUUAAGUAAAACAAGGAAAUGCAGAAUUGUGUAGCGUGAGAUAGGAACAGAUUUGAAUUCCUGUGUUUCAAGCACUUUCAUACCAACUGUGAACAAACAGUUUUUAUGUUUUAAUACAAAUAUUUUAUUAGCAUGGUUGUCAUACGUGAAUUUUGGAUUAUGUUGGUCUGAGUGUGUUUUACUCUAAAUGUUUUUGUUUAUUCUCAUUUUUUAGUGAUGUCUAUCACUGUUUUAUAAGUAAAUUAUGUUUUAGUAAA